CUCCCCUCGCUCGCUCUCUCUCCCUCUCGCUCUGAGCCAAUGGAAAGGCUGGAGCGGUUUCAAGGCUACUCCCUGUGUAAGAGAGCCGCUGGGCUGGUGGUAACAAAAUAACAAAAGCGUCGAAGGUUGCAAGAGUAACGGGGCUUCUUGCAACCCCCCAUCACCCCACCCUCCUCGGCUUCGCUCCCCGUUUUGGGCCCAUAUGCACGGCGGAGAGUCCGUUUUGGGUCCCGAUUCGUGGGAAGCCCACCGGGCGGAAGCGAAGCGCAAAAAGGAUCCGGAGCUCGCUUGUUGUUGAUCUGGAGGGAGAGGACUGGAAACCGCCUCCUGUGUCCCAUUUCCUCGCGCCCGCGCGUGUGUUGUGUUGCGUGUGUGUGCGAGAGAGAGAUUGUGUGUGGGGUUGCCCCCCCCCCACCCCGCACCUUUGCUUCAGCCCUGGAUUCUCCAUGUUGGACCCGAUCUGAGGAGCAUCUACAUCUCUGCCUUUGCAAAGAGCUGACUCCUCGGCUUUGCAACUGAAGGAGGAACGGGGCGGACUCCCUUCUCCAUCGCGCCCAUUCCUUCUCUUGCUUCCUCUCCCCCCCCCCCGUCCCCACUCCUCCUCCUCCUCGGAUAUUUCCCUCCUCCGGACUAAAGGAUCCCCAGGGUCUGUGGGAUUGUUAGAUGGAAAGCCGGUCUAUCAUCACCCAAGUGCAGAGGGACGAAGCCUUGGUCUUUUCAAAACAAGUGUUGGUGUCCAAAUCUUCUCCGAAGAAGCCUCGUGGCCGGAGCAUCUUCAAGGCUCUUUUCUGUUGCCUUCGUGCACAGAAUGUGGGGCAGACGGCCUUUGGCAACAAUCAUGGGCUGCAUAAGGAAGAGACAAACACCAUUGCCAAGUCUGAUCUGUUGCAGUGUCUUCAAUACCAGUUUUAUCAGAUUCCUGGAACAUGCCUUCUCCCUGAGGUGACUCAACAAGACCAGGGCCGAAUAUGUGUGGUGAUUGACCUGGAUGAGACCUUAGUGCACAGUUCCUUCAAGCCAAUCAACAACGCUGACUUCAUUGUGCCGGUUGAGAUAGAGGGAACAACUCAUGAGGUGUAUGUGCUGAAGCGGCCAUUUGUAGAUGAAUUCCUGAGGCGAAUGGGGGAGCUGUUUGAAUGUGUGCUCUUCACUGCCAGCUUAGCUAAGUAUGCUGACCCAGUGACGGACCUUCUGGACAAGUGUGGAGUCUUCCGGACCCGCCUCUUCCGGGAGUCGUGCGUAUUCCACCAGGGAUGUUACGUGAAGGAUCUCAGCCGGUUGGGCCGUGAUCUGCGCAAAACCCUGAUCCUGGACAAUUCUCCAGCUUCCUACAUCUUCCAUCCAGAGAACGCGGUGCCGGUCCAGUCUUGGUUUGAUGAUAUGACAGACACUGAGCUGCUGAACCUGAUUCCUGUGUUUGAGGAGUUGAGUGGAGCAGAAGAUGUCUACACCAGCCUCGGCCAACUAAGGGCACCCUAACAUUUUCCUAGUGCUGUGGCCGCUGGGGAAAACUACUUUUUUUUUUCACUCUGUGCCUUCAGUAUUGGCCAGGAGGGAAAGGGAACAGUGCAAUUGCUCCCCAUUCACCCUGCCACAAGGCAGAUACAAGCACUUUGGAGGCAAUAACCUGCCUGGCUGCCUUCUGUGCAAUGCCAGAGCAGUUUCCAACCAGGGUAUGGCUGGAUGCUAGAGCUUCUAGCCUUUCCACCAAGAGCAGGGACAUCCAAAAUAACCCCACCCCAUUCCCAAUAGUGCUAUGCACUGCGCCCCAACCUUUAGGGGAAUCCUCCCUCCCCCCUCCCUUCCCCCCAAGGCAAUGCCAAAUGUUUUGGAUGGAUUCUUUAAAAGGUACAUCCUCCUCACUUGCUUUUACAUAUUCUUGGCAGUGCUUCUUACGCAGCCCCCAGGCGAAAAUAUGUGGAGACUUCUCAUCUCUUGGCUGGGAGUCAGGAUGGCCGCCUCUACACCCUUCAGAUGUUUCUGUUCUUGCCUGAUCUUCUGAUACAGGAUCUUUCUGGGUUGUUUUGAAGUUGCUGCUUUCUUUGCCUGUUUUGUGAAGUUACCUUUGCUUCACAAUCUCUGGUUCUGGGCCUCAUUGCCCUGCUGGCUUUGAGAAACCCUUCCUCCUGUGUGUGUCGUGUGUGUGUUUUAACAUUCUGUCUUGCAGUUGUGUUUUGCCUCUGAUGAAAGGUGAGACCCCUGGACUUAGAACAAACCUUCCUCCCCCAACACUAGUAGCACAUAGCAUUAGUGAGGACAAAGCUAGCCAGUCCCACCAAUGCCACACUCCCUUAUUUGCUCAAAGAUAAAGCGUCUCUGCACUCCAGCUUUGAUCUGUUUCUUUGGGCCGGGUGGGUGAAGGAAGUGACUUCCAUUGCCUUAACGGCACCCUGUUAGGAGGCUGGCAGGUCAGUAGAGUGCCUCUCCUCGGCCCAGUUCUUCCACUGUCUUUCAGUGUGAAUGAUUGCCUGGAAGAUGGGAGGAUUCUGAUGUUCGUCCCCUGGUGGUUUUACCUCACUUGAGGACGCUGAAGGCGUAACUUCCCACUCAGGAUUCACUCUUAAGUUCCAUCAUUAUAACAUGACAGCCCUUCGUCCCCCUUGGAUGGUGACAAUGAGUUGGGGAAUGAAUCUGUUAGAAGCUAGGAGACUUUCCAUGUGCGCACAAGCCUGCUUCCUAUGUCAUUUGCCUUAACAACUGCCUUGCUGUCUCUGUGCUGCAGCUGCUUGGCAGCAAGCAACUGUGCCUCUUUUGGUGUGGCCUCUCCAAUUCCCACUCUUCUCCCCCCAAUGCAUUCUCAAGCUGGCUUCAGCUCCAAGCAACCAAAAGUAGUUGGAGAGAAUAUUUAUAUCGCAGAGAGUUGCCCAUGGACGUUGGUUUUUUUCUUCCUAGGGUUAAGGUCCUCUUGUCCUUUCGAACUGUGCCUGACAUACUGUGAACAUGUGUUUCUCAAGUGCCACUUGGGAGCAAGGGAAACCAAAUGGAUCAACAGUGCCGGCUUGCUUCCCCCCCCCUCCCCCAAACUAUCAGCAAUAUAUUGCAAGAGAAUCUAAUCUGUAUUUAGUCAUUGUAGGGCUGGUAGCAAAGGAGGGGGGGAGCAGGGUAGAGUCCAUGGGGCUCUUUUUAAAAAAUGAAAAUGGUGCUGCCUUAUUGGUUAAGGGGUGGAGGGCAAGUUGCAGGUCAUCUAAUCACCUCAGGACCAAAGCAUUGACCCCUGCUGUUGGUUGACCAGCCAGCUGUUAGCCUGACCAACAUGCUACUUGAUAUUUUCAUGCUUGCUUUAAGUGUACUGAUCGGUUUUCAGUGGAUUCCUGAGAGAGAGUGUGCAUGCUUAGUCAAACUCUAGUCAAUUCUUGAAGUGGAAUGGCCCCUGUUGCCCUAAUUUUCCCCUGGCUUCAUUUUUCUGGUCCUGUUUGGUCUCCUUUGCUGAGGGCCUGGAUUCCUGUGUUUGGGGGAGGGCAGGAGGGAGGAUAGGUUUCCAAUUUCAGACACCCAACAAGGAAGUUCUUCCCCUCCCUUGCAGUUCAGCCAGCAGCUGCUUACGCACACAAGCCGGGAGGAGCCGUUAAACUUUGCAGAGUUAAUGAAUGUUGGAAAGAACAAAACCUUUUUGUUUUCCCUUCCUAUUCUCACAGUUUUGUUCUUGCUUUGUGUCAACCGAAGACCAAUUGCCCCCCCUCUUCCUUCCUUCCUCUCAUGCCAGCAGCUGCCCCAGCCCUUUCUUCGAGAUGAAACAGGUUUCUAGUCCUUUGUUGGACCAAGGUUAGAUGCUGCCCCCUGAAGGGGAAAAAAGAAAAGAAAAAAACCAAUUCCCAGUAACCUUAGCCAGUUAUGGUCAUAGGUGGGGGAUGCUGGGGGUUGUAGUCCAAUAUACUCUUUAUCUACAUUUGCUGCAGAAACCACUUUUUUAAGCCUUAAAAGAGGGUGGGAUUACGAAGAGAAGAAGGCAACCCAUUUAUUCUCCUCUCUAAAUUGCAGUGAACAACAUCGCAGUCCAGGCAUGGAGGGAUCUGUACGAAACAAGUCUGAUCUGAAAAGAGGCAGAUUUUUGGGGAGCGGGGUAUUUGAUUUUACCAAGUUGGGAAAAAGAAAUGGAUUGCUGAGAGUCAUGUGGACAUGGUGAUGAAUCCCUUUGGGCAAUCCUGCGUGGAGGGAAACAAACGAUGAUCAUAGGACUUCAGUAUCUAGCAGCGCCUGCCAUGUUGCCCAUAAGCGCCCAAGCCCACUCUUGAGUCAAGAUUGUAAAUCAUGUUUUAGAGCCAUAAGGAUUCCUGGGUCCAAACUAUCAUGUUGGGAUUGUGCCUUGAUUGAACCAUGGUUAAUGAGGGUAGAACUCCAGCCAAGAGGCGGCCCCAGCACUUUACCAGGGCCAUGCCUUUCAUGGCUGCCCCAUGUACUGACUUACACUAAAGACACAUACACACACAAAUCUACCCACGCUUGUUAUGGUACCUUUUUACAUCCAGUCAUGUUUGGUGCUCCCAUUUCAUACAAGAAAUGGAAGCUGUUGGCUUUUGAAGGAGAAAAAAAGCCUCCAGCUUUCGCUUCUCCUCUCCCUUCUCAUUAAACUGUACAAAUUUAUCACAUGUCCUCACUUGCUGGUUUUUUUUGUUUGUUUUUUAAAUGUUUUAAUUGAAAAAAAAUCCCAAAACUUGAAGCUGGCACUUGUUGCCAUUAUGAACUCUUUCUAUUUUUGGAAUCUUUGUAUUAACUGCAAUUAAAGAAAUAAAAAGAGAUCAA